GCUCUGCCUUCUCGGAAGAUUUCCUGUUUCAUGCUAUGUGCACUCUGUGAGUCAUAUAUGGCAAGUUCGGCCCCGUCUGUUUACUUUUCACCGGGGGCACAGAAGAGAGACGCAGAAGGGUCGAGGGAGAGCAACAGGCGGACUUGAGAACUUUUCAGGAGCGUCGAAAAAUAAAGACUGGAUAUUUGUAGUUGGUUAGGUAUUGGGUAUUUAAUGAAAAGAAGAGAAGUGUAUGGUCCGUUUCUAAAUGGAGCUACUUCGGUUUUCCGCUUUCUGGUGUGGAACGAUACUCUUUGGUAGUAUUGUUUUAGAGCAGACUGAGGCUAUGCCAGGCCUCGUCCGGUGGUCCAGGCUGUGUAAGUUCUGCGACGUGCGGCCCACCAGCUGCUCUGGCACCGGGACCUGCACCAGCGACUGUGACAGGAGCGCCAUCUGUGUGGACCGCGACGAGGUCUGCGUCAGCAUCUGGAGGAAGACAGACGACAACAUAACGAUGGACACCGUGUGCCACAACCCGGCGCUGCGGCUGUACGGCCUGAUACUGGACGACUACAACAGCAGCCGGUGUGAGAUGAGGGAGAGGAAAGGAAUGGGCUCAAUCUUCUUUAUCUGUUCCUGCAGCGAGGACGAGUGCAACGACGGUGUCGUCUUCACGCACAUACCAUGUCUCUCGUCCCCAGCCUCCCAGGUGGGCUCUGUGAUCCUGGUGAGUCUGGGUCCCCUCCUCCUGCUGGCCGUCCUCGUCAUCUCCUUCUUCUACUGGUACCGCGUGUACAGCCAGCGCAACUCCGGCGGCAAGCGCAAGAAGUCCCCUCAGCGGGACUUCAGCGACGGGCAGGCCAUCAUCAUGAGCGAGGAGGGCUCUGAGUCCAGCUCCACGCUGGCCAACAACCUCAACCACAACACGGAGCUGCUGCCCAUCGAGCUGGACGGCCAGGUGGGGAAGGGCCGCUUCGCCGAGGUGUACAAGGCCAAGCUGAAGCAGGGAACGUCCGCCGGGGAGCACGCCUUUGAGACGGUGGCCGUGAAGAUCUUCCCGGACGAGGAGUACGCCUCCUGGAAGAACGAGAAGGACAUCUUCUCCGACGCCGACCUCCGUCACGAGAACGUUCUGCACUUCCUGACGGCGGAGGAGAGGAAGGUGGAGCGACAGUAUUGGCUGAUCACUGCGUUCCAUCCCCGUGGCAACCUACAGGAGUACCUCACAAACCACAUCAUCACCUGGGAGGACCUGUGGGUGCUGGGCGAGUCCCUGGCUCAGGGUGUGGCCCACCUCCACAGCGACCACACCCCCUGCGGACAAUACAAGGUGCCCAUCGUCCACCGGGACAUCAAGAGCUCCAACAUCCUGGUUAAGAACGACCUGACCUGCUGCCUGUGUGACUUCGGCCUGGGGCUCAGGCUGGACAACUCCUUAUCUGUGGACGAGCUGGCGAACAGCGGACAGGUGGGCACCGCGAGGUACAUGGCUCCAGAGGUGCUGGAGUCCAGGAUCAACCUGGAGAACAUCGAGUCCUUCAAGCAGACAGACGUGUACUCUAUGGCCCUGGUGCUCUGGGAGAUCACGUCCAGGUGUGACGCCAUCGGAGAGGUGAAGGAGUACGAGCCGCCGUUUGGGAAGGUGAGGGACCACCCGUGUGUGGAGAGCAUGAAGGACAGCGUGCUCCGAGACCGAGGACGACCUGAGGUCCCCACCGGCUGGACCAACCACCCGGGCCUCCAGGUGGUGUGUUCCACCAUAGACGAGUGCUGGGAUCACGAUCCAGAGGCUCGUCUCACCGCCCAGUGUGUCGCCGAGCGCUUCAACGACAUGGAGGACCUGGACAAGCUGUCUGGACGCAGCGACUCCCAGGAGAAGAUCCCCGAGGACGUGUCUGUGGUGGACGAGAAGUGAUGCUCGGUGUGCAACGCAGCCCCACGCAGGCCUGGAGGAGGAACUGCACCCUGGCAGCUGAGCAGGAGGGAGACUCAAGUUUCAAGUUCUGCUGGGGGACUGGAGGUUGCGGACGCAAGCUUGUGUUGGGGUUUUGUCAAAACGUUAACAGCGGUUCUCUGACGAGACGGAGAGAGAUUCAAGCAUCGUGUGUGUUUGACCGUCCGGAACCGAUCCAAAGGUGGAACCGUAAGCCAUAGGGGGACUGAGUGGAAGCGGAGGGUUCGAAACCCCCCUGCGGCCAACACAGUUCUGUAUGUACUUUAUCAGCAUCUAUGCAUUCAUACUGUAAGUUAUGUGUAUUCAGUUAUCGCUACUUGAUUAUGACGCUAACAAUGAUGCUAUCGCUAUCUGAUUAUGAAGCUAACACAUACAAUAUGACGAUAACAAGGGUACAGCAUGUAACACUAAUAACAUUGGUCCCUGUUUUAAAACCUGCUUAAACCUUUUUAAAGACUUUAUGGAGGAGGCAUGGGUGACAGAAGGGACUGGAGCUUUGUAAAACGGAAAGAAAACAAGGAGUACAUUAAGUUUCAUUUCACAAUUCCAAGCAGGGGAAUCCUGUGACUUAUAAAAGCGCAGAUUGAAGAAGACUGAGAAGAUGAACUGUACAAUAGAGGCUGUGAAGUCAUCUUUGGAAGAGGAAAACUAGGACAGGAAGAGGACUAGGGAAGUGGAAAGGAAGUUGUCUUCCCUCCUCUUACAUUUAGUCAUUUAGCAGACGCUCUUAUCCAGAGCGACUUACAGUAAGUACAGGGACAUUCCCCCCAAGGCAAGUAGGGUGAAGUGCCUUGCCCAAGGACACAACAUCAUUUUUGCCUGGCGGGGAAUCGAACCAGCAACCUUCUGAUUACUAGCCCGAUUCCCUAACCGCUCAGCCACCUGACUCCCUGACUCUUGAGAGUGAUGGGCAGGUUAUGAAGCGCUCCACUCUGACAGAGACACUUCAGAAUCACAAUUUGGUUUUAUUCGCCAUGUAAGUUUUCACAACACUGAAUUUACUGUGGCAAGAAGGUGCAUACAAUAAACAUAUAUUCACACACACACACAUAUAUACACACACACACACACACACACAGGCUCACACAUACAUGCAUUCACAUACACACAUGAGUAUCAUCAACUCCAUCUUGCUCAAAAUGAAGAUAUGAUGUAAGUGGUUAUGAAAAGGAUGACUAUCAAAGUUCUUUCUUUUUGAAGAGGUCAGUCUGACCUCCCCUGUGUAUUAUGUACAAAAGAUAUAAUUAAAGAGUUUCAGUAUUCAUUCUUAUA